UGGCCAACGACUCGCAAACCACGGUAUUAGCGGAUUCUCUCAUUGGGCGCAUAGGUUUAUCGCUGGUGUGCACAAGUUUUUAGAAGACCGGAAGUGGAAUCACUGAGAGGUAGCCAGAAAUGGAAAGGAAAGUAAGCAAAAUCUAUCUUGCUUCUGAACCCAACAUAACUUAUUUUCUGCAAGUNUCUUGGGAGAGAUCAAUAGGAUCCGGUUUUGUUAUUACGCUUACUGAUGGCCUUUCAGCCUGGACUGCAACAGUUUCUGAAUUGGAGAUUUCCCAAGAAGCUGAUGACAUGGCUAUGGAGAAAGGAAAAUAUGUUGAUGAGCUGAGAAAGGCACUGGUGCCAGGGUCAGGAGCAGCUGGUACAUACAAGUUCAUCUUUUCUAAGGAGUCUCGGCAUUUCUCCCUUGAGAAAGAACUGAAAGAUGUUUCAUUCAGACUUGGUUCCUUCAACCUAGACAAAGUUUCAAACUCAGCUGAAGUCAUAAGAGAACUCAUUUGUUACUGCCUGGACACCAUUACAGAAAAGCAAGCCAAAAAUGAGCACCUGCAGAAAGAAAAUGAAAGGCUCCAGAGAGACUGGAAUGAUGUUCAAGGCCGAUUUGAGAAAUGUGUGAGUGCCAAAGAAGCCUUGGAGGCUGAUUUGUAUCAAAGGUUUAUCUUGGUGCUGAAUGAGAAGAAAACAAAGAUACGAUGCUUGCAUAAAUUGUUAAAUGAAGUCCAGCAGCUGGAGGAGAGUACCAAACCUAAAAGGGAAACUCCAUGUUCUGACAAAACACCUGAUGAGGAUGGACUUUAUGAUGGAAGCACUGAUGAAGAAAGUGGAGCCCCUGUGCAGGCUGCAGAAACUCUAGGAAAGGAUGAUUCCAUAUUUUCAAGUCUGGAUGUUACUGACAUUGCACCAAGUAGGAAGAGGAGACACCGAAUGCAGAAGAAUCUUGGGACAGAACCAAAAAUGGCUCCACAGGAGUUGCCUCUACAGGAGAAGGAAAGGCUUGCCUCUUCACUGCCUCAGACCUUGAAAGAGGACAGCGCCUCUGCUGGAAACAUGUCUUUAGAAACCCUGAGAAACAGCAGCCCAGAAGAUCUCUUUGAUUAGAUAUUAUAACCCCUAGAAAACAACACUGGCAUUCAGUGGACUAUAUUAUUUACCCAGUUCCUUUGGAUGAAAAUACAGGCUUUCAACUCUGCAGCCAUGGUUACUAUGUCUUGCAACUUCAUUGUACGUACCCAAUAAAUUAUACUAGUAUGUGACAGUCAGAUUGGAUGACAGAGGGACACUUUUCUCCCUUUCUUAGUUAAAUCUGAGUUUUGUUGCGAAAGGCACAUAUAUCAUAUUUGUUUACACAUUUUUGUAACUUUCUAAUGACUCUUGGAAAAUUUUGGAAAUAGAACAAAAAAAUCUUUAACUCUUCUUUUUAGUUGCAUUUUAAAUUAUCUUUGUUUAAACAUUUUAAUUUAUGGUAUGACACAUAUAAAAUACAUCUUUAUCUUGUGUGUAAACAAUCUGAGAAUCUGAUAGUUAAUAAAAGUGUGUGUUCUUAAAAGAA